AGGACUCUUUGGACCGCGGGACCUUCUUUCACUGCUCCAAGGUCCAUUUGUUGGGGCGUUCGACUGGUGGACAGGGGUCAUCAUAGGCACUCUGCGGUGUUGUGACACAUUCCUCCCAUAACCAUCAUUAAAAUUUUGUGUGACUUGUGCCACAGUAGAUCGACCUUCUGUUGGCUCAGACCAGACGGGAUAGCCUUCAUUGCUCUUGUGCAUCGAUGAGCCUUGGGCACGAUGAACAUCGAUGAACACCCUGUCGCCGGUUUGUGGUUUGUCCCUGCUGACUGGGCGCAACCCACAAGCCUUGCCGCUUCAGAGUUCAUGAGUACCAGACCGGCAUCGGCAGCAGAACUCAGUACCGCUCCUCUUGGACUCUGACAGACGGUGUUGAGUGUGGACAUUGAGACUGCCAGACCGCAGGAAGAUGGCAACCACAGCGACCCCUGAGCCCCUUACUGCCCUCUCUCGGUGGUACCUAUAUGCCAUCCACGGUUACUUCUGUGAAGUCAUGUUCACGGCUGCCUGGGAGUUUGUGGUGAACUGCAACUGGAAGUUUCCCGGCGUGACGAGUGUGUGGGCGCUCUUCAUCUACGGAACCUGCAUCCUGAUCGUAGAGCGCAUGUAUCUGUGUCUGCGGGACCGCUGCAAUGUGCUUCUCCGCUGCAUCAUUUACACGUUGUGGACGUAUCUGUGGGAGUUUGGCACGGGUUUGCUGCUUCGGCAGUUUAACGCUUGUCCGUGGGACUACUCUGAGUUUAAAUAUAACUUCAUGGGCCUGAUCACGGCAGAGUACGCCGUGCCUUGGUUCUGCGCCUCCUUUAUCGUUGAGCGCCUAGUGAUACGCAACACGCUCCGGUUGUGCUUCGACGAGGCUGUCGGGCCCGGCCAGGCUGAAGAACUGUCGGGCAGAGGCGGUGAGAGAAGAGCAGGGAGUGGGAGAAGAGGGGCCAGAGCUGGGGCAACCAGCACGAACGGCUACGUGAAGGGGGAUUGAGGAGGUUUUCGACACCUUCCCCCUCCCCAUCUCAAACCUCCCGUCACCCAUGACUCUAUCCGCACAUAUCGUGGUCUCUCUCCCACCUGCUUCCAGGGAAAGAGUCGCUAAGACACAGUUGAGACACUUGCACAACUGUGAGGAACUUUCUGAUUUGAUAUAGAUGGUCUUCGUUCACGUGGAGGGAUGUUCAUUUGCCACCUUAGUGCUCAACAUUUACUGUCCUCACUUCGGGCGAGUAGCUAUUAAGUUCAAGGUUUGUCAGUAGGAGUGGUGCCCGGUGGCAAAAUGAGAAUGGACACUCCACCUCUUCCACUAUACCUCCCAAACCAGUCCAUCCACUCCAGACUCUCUGGGAAGGGACAAACAAAUCGACUUGUCGUCCAAUAAAAACAAAACGCAGACACGUCACUUGAAAAGAGAUAUAGCCUACAGUAUCAACGGUUUUAACAAAGCGAGUCCUUUUAGAUUAUAAACACGGUCCGUGAUGUAUAUGUAGUUGGAAAUGCAAAUAACUGUUAGGAUAAAAGCUUACCUUUUGAAUGUUAGUUUGUGCUAUUUAUUAAUAUCUAAAAUGUAGUUAAAGGAGCUGUAUGUAAGAAAUGUGCUUCAAAUAAUCAGAAAAUCGCCCUGAUAUGUCUCUAGACAUUAAGAAAUCAUGUUAAUUUUAAAUACUUAUAUCACUGACAACACUAGUCCAGCUUGGGUAUUGUCAUUAUUGUCAUACAAAGUGAAGUUGCAGCCCUCAACUGAGGUUGAUGUUGUCAUGUUGUGUUUUGGUCUGAUGCUCCACCCUCCACCGACCUACCAAUCACAAAGUCAGUAGUGUUGCAGCAUCCGGGUUGCCAUCUCUGCUGUAGUUACGCUGCUACAAAUGUGUUGGUUAAAAAAUGUUGGAUCCUGCAGCUUAUCUGGCAACCUCGAG